AUGGCAAUUAAAUUGUUUACUCUGCUGGCAAUUGGCCUUGCUUUGGUAGUUCUCAUUGAUGCUCGUCAUGUGCCUGGUCAUCGCUCCAGGAAUCAUCGCUAUAGCCACAAUCAUCCUCAACAGCAGCGUGCUCUCGUUGCUGCCAAGCCACAUGGAGCUCAAACCCGCGUCUUUCCGGGCGCUGUGGCGAUCAAGAAGCUGGUGCUGCUCAAGUUCAAGAAGAUCGUGCCCAUUUCGCUGAUCCUGUUGAAAUCGAAGAACGAUAAUGAAGCCGAACUGGUGCCAGUCUAUCCCACGGAUCAGAUCCCAGAGAAUGUGCAGUUCAUUCCAACGCCGAAUGGCAUCUCCGGCCACAAGGAUGUCCAGGCUAUUGCCAUUCCCAGUGAAUUGCACGAUCAGCUGCAGAUCAAUGGCCUCUCGAAUGUGGAGAACAUUGAGGCAUUGUUGCAGGCCAGUUCCAUCUCUGGCGACAAUGCUGACAGCCAGGAUGCCGCCGGCUCUGUGGGCAAUGCCAUUGUGGUGCCCCAGCCGGAGGAUGAGCCACUGCAGCAGAACGACAAUGAUGACAGCCAGCUGCUAGAGGGUGUUGCCACCGAUUCUGAUGCUGAUGCUAAUGCUGUUGCUGGUGGUGCCACCACACGACGUCUGUCCGCCAAUGAGCUGGUGCGUUCCGGUGUGCGCAAUUCGGCGCAGUUGCAGCAGACGAGCGUUGAGGAGAUUCCCCUGCUGCUCUAUUCGGCCACAGAUGGCGCUGCACCCGGACAGGAGGUAUUCAAUGAACGUCGCUUUGUGGCUGCCACACCAGCACGUCGUCGUCAGCAGCAAUUCUACUACUAA